ACACCCAAAACAGUUCCUCCUACAAUGGUGACGAUAAGAAAUGAACAGAAUAUUUCAGUGCCAAAGUAUUUGGACGAACAAUUCUUUGUGGAUGCAUUGGAGGAGGGAUUGCGUGAAACGAAAUUAACGCUUUAUGAAAUCAACUUCGAAUGGGGCAGCAAUCCGGGUGAUAAUUACUGCUCUGCUAUAUAUCGCGUGCAGCUGAGCUAUGCGCGUUGGAUCAAUAGCGAGGAGAGCAGCGGCAAAGAUAAUAUAUCGCUUAUAGUCAAGACGAUAUCAAGUGAUAAACAGUUCUUGGAGGAUGUCAGAGUAUUCAUCAAGGAGAGGCAAACGUACACAGAUGUGCUGCCACGACUGGAGAUACUGACAAAUGGCGAUAGAUUUGGUGCCAAAUACUUUCACCCUAUAAAGACGCCCGUGCAGACAAUAGUCUUUGGAGAUUUGAAGCUGCAAGGCUUUCGCACAGCUUCACGCGAGGCAGGACUGGACUGGGAGCAUGCCUCGCUGAUACUCCAGCAAUUGGGCAAAUUUCAUGCCACGUCCAUGGUGCUGGCCAAAAAGGAGCCCAGCAUUGUGGAUCAAUAUCACAGCGGCUUGUUAAGCGAGGCUACGUUGCUGCAGAGCGAUGGCUUCAGCAACAUGUUCAAAGGUUUCCUCAAGGGUCUUAUCCAAGCUACAGCUAGAUGGCCUGGCUAUGAGCACAUCUCCCAGCACUUGCAGCGUUACAUGGAUAACUUUCAAAUGAUUUCCUUAGCUGCUGCUCAGCGCAGAGCCAAUGAUCGCUACAUAGUGCUCAAUCAUGGAGACAUGUGGAUCAACAACUUUAUGUAUGCCUAUGAAAAUAAAGCGCAGCCUGAGACGCCCACAGGCGCCAUCUUUGUGGACUUUCAGCUUUGCUUCUAUGGCAGUCCUGGCUGUGAUCUCAACUUCUUUCUCAACAAUUGCGUUAAACUGGAAUUGCUGCAAAAGCGUCGCACGGACAUCAUCAAGGCUUACUACAAAGCCUUUAGUGAAGCGCUGGCGUAUGCGCGAUAUGAAUCCAUACCCAGCUAUGAGGAUUUGCUUUGGGAGCUGCGCAGUCGCGAGAUCUAUGGACUGUUUGCUCUGUUUGGCUUUCUGCCCAUAGUUACGAUGCCCAAGCAGCUGGCCGAGGACAACAGCAUGGAGUCGCUCAACGAUGAAACAUUUAUGCAAAAGAAACUUGAUGCCAUAUUUAAACAAAAGUUUCUCAAUGAUUAUUACAAAUGGUGUCUGAAACGCGCUGAUGAAGUGGGCAUAUUCAAUGAUUACUAA